AUGACGACUAUCCGACCAGCAGAAAAGGCCGGUGAAUGGUACGACAAGGACCCGGCAAAGUUACGCCUUGAGCUCCAGAGCUAUCUAACGGCAGUUCCGGAGAGUUUGGAUGGAGUUUCAUUGCCCAUUCCCGGAGCUCGUGUUGUAAUCGCCCCCCAUGCGGGAUAUCAAUUCUCUGGGCCGUGUGCAGCUUGGGCUUACAAGACUCUUGACCUGAGCCAUGCCAAGCGUGUCAUCGUCCUUGGUCCAUCUCACACUUACUAUCUCGAGGGAUGUGCAGCAACCACUUUUGAGAAGUAUGCAACACCCUUUGGCGACUUAGAGAUCGACCAGGAACUGGUCAGAGAGCUCGGGGAUGCACUAGAAAUGGAGACUAUGCCCAAACACCGAGAGAUUCAGGAACACUCCCUAGAGAUGCAUAUGCCAUAUCUUUAUCUCCGCUGCCAGGAGUCAUUUGACUCGCCUGACAAGUUCCCUAAGAUUGUGCCCGUGCUUGUAGGCAGAAACAACGGGAAUGAGGAGAAUGUUAUAGGACGAGCUUUGCUGCCAUACCUCAGAGACCCGGAGAACGCCUUUAUCAUCAGCUCCGAUUUUUGUCAUUGGGGCAAACAUUUCGGCUACCUACCCUACUCACCCACGAAAAGUCCUUCUGAUCUAACACAGUUGAGAAAGGAGGACCCCAUACCCAACGGUCCCCCGAUUCACGAGACGAUUAGAGUCAUCGAUGAAGCAGCCAUGGAUGCCGUUGAGAGUGGCGUUCAUGCAGAGUUUCUUGCCACUCUACGACAAACCCAUAAUUCGGUAUGCGGGCGACACCCUAUCGGAGUUAUGAUGGCGGCUUUGGAGCUGUUACGCAAACAGCCCGAGUAUAAGGACAAGGGACGAUUUAGCAUUAUUCAAUAUGACCGUAGCAACUUGGUCGAGAAACCGAGUGAUUUCAGCGUCAGCUAUGUGUCUGCAUAUGCUGUUCUUUGA